GGAGGAAAUACGUUUUUCAGACAUGAUGUUAGAUUGAUAGUCUUCUUUUGACAGGCACUCUCAGCUACCUUUAGGGAUUUCUAUUUCAUACUAACUUUGGUGACGCCUGUGAACAAUGUGGGGACUUUCAUCUAAUUACUGAUUUUGUUUUGUAUAAGCUGAGACCAAAAUGCCUUAAAUAGGAAUUUCCAGACACAGGAUUCAAGCUGUGCAGACAAGAAGCCCCAAGUGGAGUCCAGACGUGCUGGGGUUAAUCAAAUCCCCCUACUCUCCCCGAGACUAGUUGACCGGAAAAGAGACAGAAACUAAGCAGGACUACAUCCUCGACCAUCCUCUGCCUUCUUGUGCCAAUAAAGCAGGGAAAGCAGACCCUCAAGGGAUGGCAUCCCGGAGGAGGCAAUUACUCUGUCUGAUCGGCUUCUCCCUGUUAAUUUUUUUCAUCCUGUGUGUGAAACCAGAAAGGCCUCUGACCUGGACUCUGCAGCCCCUGGAAUAUUUCAAAGAGAGCAGUGACUCUGGAAAACUUCUAAAUAGAAAGAGUGACGGUGAAAACAUCUGGUCUACUAAUUCACCCCUCGCCUCAACCAGUGACUCAAAACUCUCAGAUCGGCAUAAGAAAACAACUCCUUCAACACCCUCAAACACUGAACCCAAACCAGCAGACAACAAUGUCCUGGAUUCCUCAAAGUCGCGUUCCAGUUCUGUUGAUGGCUCAGAAACAAACAGAACCAGGAUCAGUACCAAAGCACCCUCAGUGAAGCUUCAGCAGCCCACUCCAGAAGCAUCAGAGCCUCCCAUCAUUGAAGACACCUACAUGACUGAAGAUAUCCCACCACAGACAUACUGUCCAGAUGGCGUCCGCAGUCGGGUCACUAAGACUGAACUUGGGAAGCGCUUUCUGAAAAACAUUCCUAUCCUGCAGUGGGCCAAACAUGCCACUCCAGAGCAGCACCAUCGACUGAGACAGUACCCAGGAGCCCACGGCUGGAAGGACAUCGAUUACAAGACACUGGUGGCAGCUCUUUCUGCCCUGAACACUUCAGCAAACCAGCAGCUAUUUGACGACUGGCAGGAUCGCAGAAAUAAAUCGGAGUGUAUCCGCUGUGCUGUGGUGGGGAACGGUGGGAUCCUGAAAGACUCAAAGAAAGGGGAAGAGAUCGACAGUCACCACUAUGUCUUCAGGGCCAAUGGGGCAGUCACCAAAGGUUUUGAGCAGGAUGUGGGGUCUCGGACUACUCAUUACACCUUCACCGCCAAAACACUGAUGAUAGCCUUCAGGGACUACCAAGGUCUUGGUUAUAGAGGACCCCCUCUGUCAAAGGAAACACGUUACGUUUUCCUGCCAGAUUUCGACCGCUCGUACCUGAUGAUAAAGGCUGCAGCGACACACACUCUAGUGGAGAGAGGGAAUGAGAAGGGAAAGGAUCCGACAAAAUUCUUUGGACAGGACGUGUCAGCAGAAAAGUUAAAGAUGUUUCAUCCUGAUUUCUUGCGUUACAUCCGAAACAGAUUCCUCUAUUCCAAAAAUAUCAAUGCUAAAGGUGUGAGAUAUUACCGUCCAUCUACAGGAGCUGAACUGCUGCUGACUGCAUUGCACACCUGUGACGAGGUGAGCGCUUAUGGCUUCAUCACCCCAGACUACGACAAGUAUUCAAAGUACUACUUCGACAAAGACUUCACACCAGUGAACUUCCCCCGCAACCACGACUUCAAGAUGGAGCUGAACCUCUGGCAGCAGUUUAGCCGUGCAGGACUCAUAAACCUCUACAGGCGAGAGUGAGUGCAGGUAGACCAGAGAUGAUGUCAUCGCGUCUACAAUGGAGUUUUACAUGUUUGGACAUGGUUAGAGAUAACCCAACAGUCAAACAGCCCAACCUGCCUCCACAUGACUAUUCAUGACUCUGUGCAAAACAAAGAGGAGCCUCGUUUCCAGUCAGAGCAGUGUAGGUACUGUCCUCUGUGUGGGGGAGUAUUUUCUGUGGAAGGAAACAAAGCCACCCACUGGGUGUGACUACUAAGAUUAGAUGUUUACAAAGCUGUGGCUUUCAGUGCCUUUUUAAAUGUGAAUCAGUAGUUUGUAUAAAGCGCUGAGACUCAGGUAGAAGUUAGAGGUGAUUCAGGAAGAUUCAACAGAAGCACUAAGAGAUCAAUCAGUGCCCUUAGCACAGGGAUGUCAAACUAAAUCACAGCAGGAGCCGAAUUCUGAACUUGCAUCCAACCUGAGGGCCGAGCGGGGUCAACAUUAACCAUAAACUGUCAACAUCAUUUUCACUAGCAAUGAAUUAUGGGGAGAAAAAAACCCUUAGCACUGAUG